AUGGCACCAAUACGUACUUUGUAUAGUGAAUCUACUGAUGCCAAAAAUUUUCAAGGAUGUGGAUAUAAAUUAGAUAGUAGAGAACCUCUUGCAGAAGUGCGAUCUGAUGUAAUUACUAAAGAGCUAGAGAAAAAAAAUGACAAGAUUUUACAUCUUCAAAAAAAAUUAAAUCAGUACAUUAAUGACAAAAAUCAAAAUGACUUGAUUAAAAAACAACUCAAAGAAGAAAUUAAAGAGUUGAAAAGCAAAAAUACCAACCUUACUGAGUAUAAAGCCAAAAUUAAAUCAUUGAAAGAAGAAUUAUCUUUAACUCAGAAAUACUCAUCAAAAAAAGAUUCUGAGAUAAUCUUCCUCAAAGCUGAAUUGGUGAAUAUAAAGAUUGAAUUAGAUUCUAAGGUCAGUGAGCUUGAGCGUCUAAAAUCAGAGGAUAUUUUGAUAUCUGUAGUUGGUGGAGAUAGUGAAACUAGCAAAAAUCUCAGUCAAUAUUUUGCACGCAGAAAAAUUAUGAACGAAGUCGAAAAAAUUAGCACUGAUAUACCGACUCAUACCAAUGAUAAAAUUGUUCUAAUAUUAGAAUCUUCAAAAAUCGAUACUAAGGUUACUUCUAAGGUAAGUGAUGAAACUAUUAUUAACGAAAAUAAUAAAGAUAAUAUAUUACAACCAAUCAAUGCAGGAAACCAAUUUCAAGAGAUAAAGAAUAUGACUCUGAUUAGAUCUCAUAAUAUUACAAUAGGAAAGAGUAAGGAAUUAUCUAUUAUAGCAUUAGGUGCUAGCAUGGCAAAUUUUUCUCCCAACCCCGCCUUCUUGUUCUUUGAACUCGAAGCCAGAUUUUACCUACAGUAUGACCACCUCCGAGUUAUGGAUUCCCAAUCUGCCAUGCAAAAAAAUUCAAAAAUACCUCCUAUGAAACUAUUCCUUAUGGAUAUGGACGAAGCUAAUAAACAUGUUGCAUCUCGUUGUCAAUCUCAUCCAGCUAGUCCAACAUGGCCCUUUAGAAUGAUAGUUACAGGAAAAAGUGGAUCAGGUAAGACUAAUAUCUUAACAAAUCUUUUUCUAGGUGAUAAAGCUGAAUACAUAUAUAAAGGAAAAAAAGGCGGUAGGAGAUAUAUUUCUUGUGAUGAUUUAAUAGUUUGUGGUUAUCAUCCUGAUGAGCCAAAAUGGGCAUUCGUUAGAUAUAUGUAUGGCAUAAUUUCAAAAGACCCAAAAGUACCUUACUAUGAAAAUAUACGAUUUAGCUAUAUAUCAUCAGAAAAAAUUCCUAGUGUAAAAGCAUUUUCAUCUGAACAAAGUACAGCAAUUGUUUUUGAGGAUUUGUGUCUCACUUCAGAACAUAUACAGAAUCGAAUUGGCCAAUUUUUUGGAAAUGGUUCAUAUGAAGAUGUUUCUAAAAUUAUUCGUAGAUAUACAGAUGACGUAAAAAAUGCAUCAAUGGUUAUUAAUAGCUACUUACGCAAAGGCAAAUUUAUUGUAUUUGAUCUAGAUAGGCCUGAGGAUGAUUUACUUGCAAUUUGGCUAAGGUUUGAUACUCUACUAGAUUUGCAAAAAGAAAUAGAAUUAUGGCAAAAGCACAAGAUAAAAAAUAUAUUACCCACUUCAUAG